GUCUGGGGGUGGCCCAAACCCCCAGCCCAGACCCUGUGAUCUGUUCAGAGUGAAACAGGAUGUUGUGAAGGAGAGCCAUUACAAGGAAUUCACUUCAAAUACCCGCCUCCUGCAUACGGAAAGUGCUAAUCAAGGGUGGAGAAAAAGGAAAAGAGGAAAAAAAGAAAGAAGUUCAGUGCUGGAUCUUGUGGAUGAUGCUUUAACGCAAGUUUACAUACAACUCAAAAGUCAACAGUAAAGUUUCUCUCCUUUAUCCAUUGUGAGCGUGGAUGAUUGAUUGAGACAAUGGAACACUUGCAUGAGGCACAGCAGAAUGGCUGUCAUGAUACACACCCUGACGCUCAGCUGGACCCGCAGGAACCAACUAUGAACAUCACUUUGAAGAAAGCCUCCAAUAAUUUGGAACAGUUCCUACAAGUGAAGCCAAAACUUCUUGGGAUUGUUCAGAUCAUGACGGGAAUAUUUCUGGCUGGCUACGGCUUUCUCCUUUCUAUUGGAAUUAUAGUUAAAAUCUUUGUCAUUCAUGGAAUUCUCGGCAUUUUGCUGACUAUUUGUGGAAUUUUGGCAAUCAUUGCACAAAAAAAGCUUUCUCCUGCAUUGAUCAAAGCUUGCAUGGCUAUGGAUAUCAUGGCAGCCACCGCAGGGGCCUUCUUUGUAUUAAUCUAUGAAGAAAGAUUCAUGUCAUAUGAUUUGUGGAAUUGUACAAUGGAGAAUGGCACAGAUUUAGUGGAGAAUGUUCAGUGCCAAGAGGCAAAGAUUAUGAAGAUAAUUAUUUUCGAUGAGUCGGCGUUCCUGUUCCUAGUGAGCACAGCGAUCAGCAUUGCAGUGGCAGUGUAUUGCUGUAAGGCAGUCCAGCUAUGUCAGAAAGGCCAAGAAAUGGAGGUGGCACUGGUGACCAGUCCUUCACAAUAAAAAGGAAUGAACAGGAAAAUGAAAACUUCAAUUUAACCACAUUUAUGCUCAGCAAACUAUAAAGUGAAAUCAGUGUACUGCUGCAUGUGUUAACAACCACACGUACAAAUAAGGCCACUUCAUACCUCUGUAGGUUUGCAUAUACAGUAUACAGUACAUGCUAAUCAUGGUGGCACCAUAGAGUGGCAAUAUGUUACAUGUUGAUAAGCACAUGUUGAUUUUACUGUACUCUAUGCUCAUGGCAGUAAUGACCAUAUAAGCGUAUAUAAUGCCAGCUCCAUGGGCUCUUGUUUUAAACAUUUCUGUGAAUCUCCAAUACUCCAAGAUUAGGAAACUGUGACUCUGCUAAAGAGGAGAGGAGACUGGAGGAAAUGCAAACAGAAUGGGAACAAGGUUCACCAGCUUUAACACCUGAGGUCUGUAUGACUGAUUUUGGGUUGUCCUACCUUAAUGAAGGCAGAAUUCUCAUUUUUCCACUUAAAUUACCAUUUUAGGAAUUUACUCUGUUCUAAUGAAAUUCAAUUAGGAACUCUGUGAGCGCACAAUGAUCAAUUUGAUGACACAAAGCUCAGUUCAAUGCCCAGUCCAGUCACUGCCUGAGUGUAGUUGGUCUGGCACAUCCAUAUGGGUUCUCUCUAAGUAUUAGGUUUUCUCUCACAUCCUGAAGAAAUGACACCAAGGUUAAGGAUGUUCCCAUAUGACUAUGGUAGCUAGCACCCUCUGGAAGAACCUGCCUGCUAUUGGAUUGCCUGCUGUCUCUCUUGUGGUAACCUACUGGUCUGGAGGAGCUGUGCUAGGCUUCUCUUUCACUCCAGCACCCUGAGAAGAUUUGCGUCUUAAGAAUGCAUCCAUAGUGACGGGAAAUGCUGCCAGGGUGCUCCAUGUAUGCCCAAACUGACCAGUGCAGGUCACCCCUAAUUUCAAGAGCAGAUUUUGCAGUUUUUCAAUAUCCCAUGGCACCCAGGUGCCAUCUUCUCCCAUGCAAAUGCCUUGUUGUCUCCCUUUAAGUUAUAUUAAUUAUUAUACAUUUUUCAUUUAGCUCAUUAUGCAAUAUUCAUUAGCCAUUAUAAAUAAAUAUUUGUUGUAACUGAAAACCAAAUGCUUUUGUAAGCAGAAAUGAUACUGCUGCAACUAAUGCAAAAUUGUAUUUUUUUUUACAAUAAAUGAAUAA